GCUGCUGGUAACAGGAAGUGCUGCUAGUGGAAUUAGGUCGUGCGGCUCUCUCUGUGACCUCCUGAAUGGGAGGUGUAAGUGAUCGGUGAAAUUACUGUACGAGUCGCAGAGCAUCCAGCCUGCAGCUAUGAUGAAUAAAUAUGUAGUUCGGGCCUCCGUGGUUGGAACGUUUAUCGGGGGCGUCGUUUUGCUUAAGGACUAUGUGGGUGGUGGAAACUGUCCGAGUAAAGAAAACAUUGAUGGAAAGACGGCAAUCGUAACUGGUGCGAAUACAGGAAUUGGUAAAGAAACCGCCAUGGAACUCGCAAAGAGAGGAGGCAAGGUUAUUAUGGCGUGUCGGGACAUGGGAAAGUGUGAAGCAGCUGCUAAAGAAAUCCGUGGUAAAACGCUAAAUCACAACGUAUUUGCCAAGCAUCUGGAUCUUGCAUCUAUUAAAUCUAUCAAGGAGUUUGCAAAGACUAUACGAAACGAAGAAGAACACGUGGACAUUCUUAUUAACAAUGCUGCAGUAAUGAGGUGUCCUAAGUGGAAGACAGAGGAUAAUUUUGAGAUGCAGUUUGGAGUGAACCAUUUGGGUCAUUUUCUCCUAACCAACCUGCUGCUCGAGAAGCUGAAGAAAUCUGGGAAUUCCCGCAUCAUCAACGUCUCUUCUCUGGCACACGUUGCCGGAGACAUUGACUUUGAUGAUUUAAACUGGGAAAAAAAGAAAUACAAUACAAAGGCAGCCUAUUGCCAAAGCAAGCUCGCAAAUGUACUGUUUACUAAUGAACUGGCCAGGAGGCUGCAAGGUACUCGAGUUACAGCUAAUUCUCUACACCCAGGGGUUGCAGAUACAGAAUUGGGAAGGCAUACGGGAAUGCACAAAUCUACUUUCUCAAGCACGGUGCUAGCCCCUCUCUUUUGGAUUCUGAUCAAAUCACCCAGACAAGCAGCGCAGCCCAGCGUCUAUUUGGCAGUGGCCGAGAAUUUGGAAGGGGUAUCGGGAAAAUAUUUCAAUGGCCUCAAGGAGAAAGAACCAGCUCCACAGGCUCUGGAAGAGGAGACGGCACGGAGACUGUGGGAAGAAAGCGCCACGCUGGUUCACCUUGACGAUGCAUUAAAAGAUUGUGAGGCACAAUAAGCCUUUAAGUAACAAACAUUACCUUCAGUGAAGGCUUACAUCACAAACUGUUUUAUUAUAGAAAAAAAUAAUAAAUCUUAUUUUAUUGA